AAUAGACAGCCACACUAUCGGCUGACGUGGCCGUGGACAAUGCACCACAUCCCACAAAGACGGAAGUUGACCGCAUUCUUGCCAGAGACCAGUUAGAAGACGAGAAGGUCCACAUGGACGGGCGUCCACGAUGGACCUAACAGCUUCCAGAAUGGCGCAGGCCGAACAAAUGUGGAGUUCCGAGACGGAUGUGGUGCGACAGAUGCAUCACCGUAAGGAAUAUAAUUUUUCUUGUGGUUGAGAGAACCGGUUCGAUGGACUGCAGCACAAGCGAUUACUGGAAGAUUGUUCCCGAGGUGGAAGGGGUCAAAAUGCGGCGGAUCCUUCGUUGAUCACUUUCGGUGGCUUCCUCUUUCAAGUUAUCGCUUUCGGCGAUCUUGAUGAUCGAAUAUCUGAAGAUGAAGGCAGACAAACAUCCUCUGACUACAUGCUCGAGGAUUUCUGCUCCGAUGACCUCGCCCGUAGUCAGCGAGACGACCAUGUGGACAGGUUUUUAAGGUCUCGCUCCCAAACGCAUAUUCGGGCCAUGUUGGGCCAAAGGGUAGGAAGAAUCUCUCAUCACGGUGAAAAAGGGGAGGAGCAUUGGACGUAGUUUGUAGGUUUAAAGCGUGAAGAUGUUCGAAGCAUCCACAGUUGGUUGUCGAACACAUCGGUCUGUCACGAAGGGUAGCAAAACACCAGCGUGGUCUUCAGUUUUCCAUUGAUAAAAAGAAGAGGCAUGGAUGGAGCCCGACAGAGCUUCGCACUCCCGUCGACUACCUCCAGACACUCCCACCAUCGAGAGCUUCAACCUUCCUGACAAUUCAACCCUCAAGGUUGCAUUGCAACCAGGUUAUUCAAUUCGGUUCGAUGACUUGCCAAGCAGGUUUCAGAUCCGGAUUAUGGACAGGCGUUCCGUGUCACCGGGGGGCACUCGUCAAGAGCCGACACGGCAGAGGUCACCGGGGGGCACUAGUCAAGAGCCGACACGGCAGAGGUGGAUGGAGGACUAUGGACCUCCGAGGUGGGAAGAUGAAGGGAAUCGAGUUCCUAACUUGCCUCCCUCUGAGAUUCAGCUGCCCCCGUCCCCUUCCCGAUCCAGAGAGCAAAUGCAGGAGGAGUUGAGGAGGGACAUGUACGAGAAUUCUGAUCCAGUUGGUUUCAGAGAAACCACAUGUGAAACUUGCAACACCGUGGGCGUAGACGGGGAGAAAAUCUACCUGAGAAAGCCCUCGAUCCAAUAUCUGUCCAUGACCGAUGGGAGAAAGAGUUCUCAGCAACCAUCUGCUUCUCCUUCUCUGUCUCGGCAGCCCUCGUCUUUCAUCGACUCUCAACGGCCUAGCCGAGACUUCCGACGAAACAACAUACACGUAACAGAUUCAGACAUUCAUGAAAUGCACCAUGAUCUCACUCCGCAGCAAACCCCUAAGUCGAUGCCUCCACAUGAAUCAUACAACCCGGAAAAGUACAGCUCUCCUCCAGAGUCCCCCAGAUCUGCAUCACCUGGCCGUUGCAGCUGGCACAGACAAGAGACCUGUCCAGUCAGAGCGGGCUAUCGCUGCCGGGAAAACACAGGGUAUGAAAGUCCAGACAGGGGUAGUCCAGAUUCCGAACAUGAAGACGUGCGCUGCACCUUCCACCGUCAGCUCUCUUGCCCUGCCCAAGCUGGUGUACGCUGCCGGAGUGAGCGAUCUGUCAGCCCUCCACUUACUAGACCGGGAAGGAAGGAAGAAAUGGGAACCAGCUCCGAUUUCCUUGAAAACUCUUGUAAGUGCCGAGGAGCACAGGUCAGACGCCCUUCGAGAGAUCCCGAUAUGCCUUCGCCUCCAGGACGCACACCAUCGCCCUCAUGCCAUUGCCAGGGUUAAGACUUAAUAGGAACAUUCCUAGAGAACCAAUUCUGCAGAUGAACUUUUUCUGCAACUGCGAUCCAUGUCCUACGCUGAGUUCAAGUAGUUUCAUUCGGGGUAUUCCAUCUUGUUAGUUCAUUUGAGUCAAGGCUGCUGGCGUUGUAGUAUAUUUAAUUCGGAUCAUGCAUUUUCACCUGGAUCAUUGAUAUAGCCUGAACAUUCUCGGCAAAUCCUACGAGUUAAGCAUUCUGUCUAACGGAAUGCAGAGCUUAUAGUAUUUUCCCUUUGAACUGCUACUGGUUUGGCCCAAGAAGCUGCCAAGUUCAGUACGCUAAGGUAUAAACCCAGACAAUGAAUCAAUCAACAUCCUGUGUACAGUAUGAAGUGAAGAUACAGGUGGGAAUCUUCUAGAAGACCUAAAACUUGCCUGUGUUUGCACGACUAAAAUUGGUGAGCAA